CUCUCCGAAGGCAGAGUGUGUGUGUGCUCCGUCGGCGGUGGCCGUCGCCUGAUUGGGGCUGCGUCGGUUUCCGCGCAGCAUUAUCAUUUCAGCAGUUCGUGUCCGGAGGAUAUGAAAUAAUCUUGCAUCUGCAAUGGAGUUCAUCAACGUUGUGUUUAAUGCAGCACGGGAUGGGAAGCUCCGCAGAUUGAAGGUAUUUCUGGACCGCCGGCCGAAGGAUGAAGUGAGGCUGCUCGUAUCGACCCGCACCAGCGGCGCCACCCCGCUGGUCAUGGCCUGCCGCAACGGGCACCGCGACGUGGCCGAGUACCUGCUGGAGCGGUGCGCCGCCGACCCGGAGCAGGUCGGCUCAGUGAUAUUUGACGGCGAGACGAUCGAGGGCGCGCCGCCUCUGUGGUGCGCCGCCGCCGCCGGCCAUGCGGACAUUGUGCACCUGCUGGUAGCGCGCGGCGUCAACGUCAACGCCACCACGCGGACCCACUCCACGCCGCUGCGCGCCGCCUGCUUCGACGGCCACCACGAGAUCGCCCGCUUCCUCGUAGAGCACGGAGCCAACAUAGAGAUCGCCAACCGGCACGGUCACACCUGCCUCAUGAUCAGCUGCUACAAGGGCCACAUGAACAUCACCCAGUUCCUGGUGGAGCGGGGCGCGCGCGUCAACCGGCGCAGCAUCAAGGGCAACACGGCACUGCACGACUGCGCUGAGAGUGGCAGUCUCAGCAUCAUGACCUUCCUCAUCCAGAACCACGCUAAGCUGGAGCGCGACUCGUACGGUAUGACCCCGCUGCUGGCGGCCGCCGUCUGCGGCCACACCAACAUCGUGGAAUACCUGCUGGCGCGGCCGGACCUGGUCUCGCGCCAGGAGAUGGUCGACGCGCUGGAGCUGCUCGGCGCCACGUACGUCGACAAGAAGAACGACCUGAUUGCGGCCAUCAAAUACUGGAAGCGGGCGCUCGACAAACGAUUUGAGGAUCCGCUGCGGCAGCUGCCCAAGCCGCACUCGGCCGAGCUGCGGCCCGCCUACGAGAACGUCUCGGAGGCGCUGACGCACCACGAGCUGGACGACCUGAUCUCCGACCCGGAUGAGAUGCGGAUGCAGGCGCUGAUCGUGCGAGAGCGCAUCCUGGGACCGGCCCACCCGGACACCUCCUACUACAUCCGGUACCGGGGCGCCGUCUACGCCGACACGGGCAACUUCCAGCGCUGCAUCCAGCUGUGGAUGUACGCGCUCAACAUGCAGCAGCACAUCCUGGAGCCGCUCAGUCCGCUGACGCAGAGCAGUCUGCUCUCGUUCGCCGAGCUCUUCAGCUUCAUGUUGUCCGAGGGCCGCAACCGGCUGCCGGCGCCGCAGGUGCCUUUCGACGACAUCUUCCAGGUGUUCAUGCGGGCCGUGCGCGAGGUGGUGCAGGGACAGGAGCUGGUGGCGCGCCAGCCGCUGGUCGACCGCGAGUACAGCUACUUCACGCGCACGCUGACCAUCGCCAUGAACCUGCUGUGCCUGCUGACGCGGCUGGAGGAACGGCUGACGGCCGGCCAGCUGGCCGAGCUGCGCCAGCUGGUGUACGAGCUGCAGCGGUGCCGGCCGCUCACGCGCACCGGCCAGACACCGCUGCACGUGGCGUGCACCGGCGACGCGGCCACCAUGGGUCGCUACCCUAUCUGCGCCUUCCCGUCGCUGCCGGUGGUCGACCUGCUGCUCGAGACGGGCAGUGACCCGAACGCGCGCGACCACGCCGGCAACACGCCGUUGCAUGCGCUCGCCGCCAACAAGUCGUUCCGCAGUGAUGUGAUGCGCGCGCUGAUCGAGGCCGGCGCGCACGUGGACACGGUCAACGGCGAGCGGCGCACCUUCAGCGAGCUGAUCCGCAAGCACCCGCUCUGCAGCAAGCACCCGCCGCUGCAGCUGCACCGCCACCUCACGCUCGAGUGUCUGGCGGCGCGCGCCGUCAGCCGGGUGCCGGCGUACGCGGCGCACGUGCCGCCGCACCUGCGUCACUUCGUCAGCACGCACUGACCGUGCCGGCCGGUCGGCCGCCCCAGUGAUAUCCGCGUAGGCUGCGCGGCUCCCCGCGGCUGAUAUUGUCCGGCGCCGCUCCGGUUCGACACCCCUCCGCAGUCGCGUGCGCUCCGUGAAUGGCGGCCCCCGAGGCGCGGCCCUACUUGAGUUUUCCUACUUUUGCAGGUGUGGCCGCCGCGGUUCGCGGCGUGAGCUCCCGGCUAGGUUGUGUUAGUUUUGCGUGUUGCGGUGUUUGCCGGCAUUAGACGCCACGGUCUAGUCCAACGGGUAUUGGCGGACGCGGCGUGUGAGCGGCGGCGGCGGCGGCGCCUGGCGCCGUCCGGGGCGCGGAUAGCGACGCUGGAGCCAUCUGCCGGCGCCUCGUCGAGUCACCGCGCGCAGGACCGGCCGCCGCCGCUGCCACACGAGCCUCCUCAGCACAGCUCCCGUCCUUCGACUGGCAGGCACUUGGUGCUCACAGUAUGAGUUGAAAUGCGGGUCGCUUCUUGCCGAUCCAGCUUUUCAUUUAUUUACGUCGUUGUGUUCGAUUGACUGUUUGGUUGCAUAAGAGAUGAAAUUAUUGGGUGCCCUUGCAUUUGGGUCUAAGUUGCAGACAUCCUAAUAGAAAUAAAUGCGUUUUUUGAUGUUUCCGACAAUCGGCCUUCCUAAUUUACAUUGUUUCCAUAUCAGCUGCUGUUCGACGGACUAUUACCUUCGAGUCUCAGGAAAUUGAUCGCUUGGAAGCUUUUGGUGUCAUGUUGGCUGUGACCACAUGGGAAAAAUAAUUGUUGUCAAUCGGCUUUAAAAGAUACGCGAGCAAAACUACUAUUUUCAAAUAGAUCCCUCUCGAUGCCCAGUGGUUGAUGAUGGCAGUGUGCAGGACCGUUUUACUUCCUGCGCUGCCGCUGCCGCUGCCGCUGCUGCUGUCGCCUUCAGCGUUCCCUGGCAGCUGGUGUCCCCUCGCCAGCUGGUGCUGACCUCGUAACCCCGCUAUUGUAUCGAUAUCGGGCGUUACGCUCUUCGUACCUGGUGCGCUGGGGUCGUCGCUAGAUGUCGCUGGACGCGCCGCGAGCCGCUGAUCCUCUUGCCUUGCAGCCAAAUAAAUCAAGUGUUUGUUGGACAGGAGUUUCUCGCCCGCUACGGAUGGCGUGGGGUUUUAUCGCGGUGUUGGGCAUUAUUGGCAAUGACCGGUAUAGUCUGUUCUUCGUGCCUCGUUUUCUAAGUCGGCAAUAUUGCUCUUUCUAGUGACGCAUAGCUGGUAUGUGAUGCUGCUCCAUCAUCAAAUUAGGCUUUCACCGGACUGUUCGUAAUUGUCUACGAAAAUAAAUGUAUCGUAUAUAGAAUAAUGCUA